GGUUACUCUGCCACUGUCCCUCAGUCUAGUUACUGUGAAAGCAGCGAGAGGAGCUUGGUAAUCCUACAGGCAUUUGACGGACCGGGCGAAAAGUACCCAAGGACCACAUGUCGUGAUACUCUGCGGGAAUAGAGAAACCAUGGCGGAUAAUGGAGACGUGUUUGACACUGACAGUCACACCGGCUCGCCAAAGGCCAUCAAAAAGGGACAUGUCAUCAGGCUCUUCUCGUCUGCAGAGGAGGACAGCAGUCUCUACUUCACCUACAGUGGGGGGCAGAAUAAGCUGGAGGUCAACAACUUGCACUAUGAGGUGGACACUGCUGCCCAGAUCCCCUGGUAUGAGAAGCUGUCGGAAUUUAAGAUGCCGUGGGAGGUCCAGGGCAGCAAACAGAAGGCCAUCCAGGGCCUCAACCUGCACGUCCACAGUGGACAAAUGCUGGCCGUCAUCGGCAGCUCAGGUGUGCCACACCUGCACGUCUCACCUGUAAUACUCACACCUGUUCCACUCACACCAGCUCAGCUCUCACCCAAAGUGGUCAUACCUGCAUCACCCAAACUGGUCAUACCUGCAUCACCCAAACCUGUCAUACCUGCAUCACCCAAACGUAUCCUCAUCCUGGACGAGCCCACGUCUGGCCUGGACAGCUUCACAGCCCAUAACCUGGUCAUCACGCUGUCCCGUCUGGCCCAGGGGAACCGGCUGGUUCUGCUCUCGGUCCACCAGCCCCGCUCUGACAUCUUCCAGCUCUUCGACCUGGUGGUUUUGCUGGCAGCCGGGUCACCCGUAUACUGCGGUCCGGCCCAAGACAUGGUGUCCUACUUCACAUCACUGGGCCACCCCUGCCCCCGCCUCUGCAACCCCUCCGAUUACUACGUGGACCUGAUCAGCAUCGACCGGCGUAGUGCUGAGAGGGAGGCCGAGUGUCUGGACCAGGCCAGGGUUCUGGCGGCCCAGUUCGUGGAGAAGGUGAGAGGAACCCACGACUUCGUGUGGAAGUCCCAGGACUCCGCCUCCCCUUCCCCUGCUCGCCGCAGCCCCACCAGGUCUUCCUCCGGUUCAGCUGAGCAGGUCAUCACAGUGUCCAACAACAAAGACCGGUUACCAGGACCCCUAGACCAGUUCACCAUCCUCUUCAGGCGACAGGUGUACAACGACUACCGUGACCUGGUGACCCUGCUGGUGCAUGGUCUGGAGUCCCUGCUGAUGUCCCUUCUGAUUGGCUUUCUGUACUACGGGGCGGGGCCUGACAAGCUGAACACGCAGGACACGGUGGCUCUGCUCUACAUGAUCGGGGCCCUCACGCCAUUCGCUGUGGUGCUAGACGUCAUCGCCAAGUGUCAUUCUGAGCGAGCCAUGCUCUACCAUGAGCUAGAGGACGGCAUGUACUCGGUCACCUCCUACUUCUUUGCUAAGAUUGUUGGUGAGCUUCCGGAACACUGCGUUUUCACGUUGGUUUAUGGUGUGCCCAUCUACUGGUUGGCGGGCAUGAACGAGGCGGUUGACCGCUUCUUCCUCAACUUCCUGCUGGUGUGGCUGAUGGUCUACUGCAGUCGAGCCAUGGCGCUGUUUGUGGCCGCGACCUUUCCUACUCUUCAGACCUCUGCAUUCAUGGGCAACGCGUUCUUCACCGUCUUCUACCUCACCGGUGGCUUCGUCAUCAGUUUGGAGAACUUGUGGCUGGUUGCUUCGUGGCUCUCGCACGCAUCCUUUAUGCGCUGGGGCUUCGAUGGCAUGUUGCAAGUGCAGUUUGAGGGCCUUCAGUUACCCGUUACAAUCGGCAACUUCACCUUCAACGUGGACGGAAUACACGUGGUGGAGGCAAUGCAUAUGAACCAGUACCCUCUAUACUCUUGCUACCUGGUCCUGAUCGGAGUCUGCGUGGGCUUCAUGAUGCUCUACUAUCUGGCACUCAGGUACAUCAAGCAGAAGUCCAGUCAGGAUUGGUGAGGAGGUUGGAGACGUCCGCGCCUCUUUGCCCUACCAAAGACUGCCGCUGGAUGGCAGCAGAGUAUUGCAUUCUUUCCCCAAACAAAAUGUAUCUCUUACUUCUCCCUCUCUACUGGCACUAGGCUGGCAAAGGAUUAAAACACUAUUUCUGGCCGAUAUCCAUCGACAGCUUUUGUUCUUGUCCCAUUUUCAUCUUUUUUUUAUAUGGCUUAAUCUUUUUGUAUAUUGUAAGAUUAUUAGGCUUGACAAUGCACGGACCAGUGGUGGGUCUGAGUAAAGGAUGCCAGGGUCAGUAAGUCACUCUAAGAGUGCUUGUAUUAUACAAAUUGGAGAUUAUGUAAGUUUUGCACUGGUGCAAACGUCUGAUAGCUGAACAUGUUGCAUAUGUAUUGAAAUGAUUAAAAUGAUGCAAACCUUAACCAAUUAAAAUAUUUACAUAUUGUUCUG